AUGUCGAAUAAGUCAGCUUUAGCAUUAUUCUUCACUAAGGCCAAUGAACGCAGUCGAGAAGAACAGUCUGCUGAAGACCACUUUACUUCAACUUUCCAGCAAGAUGAAUCUGGUCGAUUCAUAGUACGACUUCCUCUCAGUCAGGACCCAUUUUUGCUUGGAGAUUCGCGUUUUAUGGCACAAAAGAGAUUUUUCAAUCUAGAGCGACGGUUUGCCAAGGACAAGGUCCUGGAAGCAGAAUACAAAGCAUUUAUGCAAGAAUAUUUAUCCAUGGGUCACAUGCAACUUACAACUUCUGAAUGUCACGCACCAACAUACUACUUGCCGCAUCAUGCAGUUGUUAAGGAUAGUAGUAUCACCACGAAGGUUCGAGUGGUGUUCGAUGGUUUUGCUCCAGCCAGCUCAGGUCUUUCGUUAAAUGACAUUCUGCUUAAAGGACCAAAGGUGCAACCCGACAUCAUAUCUAUCAUACUCAGAUUUAGACUGCACGCAGUAGCUAUCACUGCUGAUGUCGCAAAAAUGUAUAGACAGGUACUACUCCAUGAAGAUGACCGUAACCUGCAUCGCAUAUGUUAUAGGGAAAGUCCUGAUCAACCACUUCAAGACUAUAAGCUGUGUACUGUAACCUAUGGAACUAAAUCUGCAUCCUUCCUUGCUACUCGUUGUUUAAUGCAGCUCUCCCGUCAAACCAAUGACCCAGUUCUUCAACGCAUCAUCUCAGAAUACUUUUAUGUAGACGAUUUGUUGAGUGGUGGACAGAACGACGAUCAAUGUUAUGAAUUACACCAAUCAAUUAGCAAGAUAUUGGAAGAAGCAGGUUUUCCACUUCGAAAAUGGUGCUCAAACUCUCCUACAUUAAUGUCUCGUAUUUCCACAACCAGUGCAGAACCAACCUAUCGAUUGUCACUAACUAAUGAAGACACUGUCAGCACCCUUGGCCUGUCAUGGCAACCUAGCUCUGACACCUUCCAUUUUUCUCUUGCCAAUUGGAAGCCACCAAGCAAUAUGACCAAGCGAUCUUUGCUCUCUGACAUAAACCGAAUAUAUGACCCGCUGGGAUUAUUAUCACCUGUACUUAUAAAGGGAAAGGUGUUUCUACAACAGUUAUGGUCCCUCAAAUUGAAUUGGGAUUCCACUUUGUCACCAGAUCUGCAAGGUCGUUGGAUAAAGUUUUACUCAAGCCUUAAAAGACUUGAAGAAUUGUCUAUUCCGCGAAGAGUUAUAUCUAAGUUAAGUUCUAAUGUCUCAUUGCAUGGCUUCUGCGAUGCUUCGCAGGAAGCUUACGGUGCUUGUAUCUACUUAUGCUCCCCUCUGGCUGAUGCUAAGAUACAAGUAAGUUUAUUAAUGUCAAAAUCAAGAGUGGCACCCAUGCAUACUACCACUAUUCCUCGUCUGGAAUUAUGCGGUGCCCUUUUAUUAUCUGAACUCAUGGUAGAAGCCAGAACUGAGCUUGCACGUAUUGGACUAGCACUCCAAAGCACUGAUAUCAAUCUUUGGACGGAUUCAACGGUAGUUAUUGGUUGGAUUCAGGCAGAAGUUCAGCUCAAAACCUUUGUUGCUAACCGUGUAACACAAAUCAGAGAUAUGACUGAAAUUAAAAUGUGGCGAUACGUGCCUACUUCUGAUAAUCCAGCAGACCUUAUAUCUCGAGGAGUUCCAGUCGAAUCGAUACUCUCUUCUGACAGUAUCUGGUGGUGUGGUCCAUCAUGGCUUCAACAAGAUAUCACUUACUGGCCAAAUCGCUUCAUUCCUACUGAUGAACUACCGGAGUUACGACCAUUAAAUUUAGCGUUAGCUGUCACAGAGGUUAAUUCACAAUGGCUCUUGGAGAGAUGUUCAAAAUGGACUAACCUAUUGCGCAUUACAGCAUACAUACAGAGAUUUAUUCAUAAUUGCAAACCUAAAGCUAAACGGAGCAGUAGUACUUGUUUCGGUCCAUUAAAGGCUAGUGAACUACAAAGCAGUAAAAUCUUUUGGCUACGCAAAGCACAAAGUCAGGUUUAG